GGGGAAUCCGCGCCCAUUUCCGCCGGCGCGGAGCCCGGCCCCUCGGCCGCACUGAGCGCUGCGCACCGCCACCGCCACCGCCACCGCCGCCACCACCGCCACCAGAAUGCCGGGAGAGGCGGCCGCGCUGGCGUUGGGCAUGCUGGUGGCUGUGUGCCAUGCCCUGGAGAACACGACGUCAGCGCUGAGCGAUCCCCCCGUGGCAGCGGCCGUGCGGUCACACUUCAAUGAGUGCCCCGACUCCCACCGACAGUUCUGCUUCCAUGGGACGUGCCGCUUCCUGGUGCAGGAGGACAAGCCGGCGUGCGUGUGCCACUCGGGUUACGUGGGGACACGCUGUGAGCACGCCGACCUGCUGGCCGUGGUGGCCGCCAACCAGAAGAAGCAGACGAUCACCGCGCUGCUGGUGGUGGCCGUGGUGGCCUCGGCGGUGCUCAUCGCCGCCUGCGUGCUCGUCCACUGCUGCCGGCUGCGGAAGCGCUGCGGGUGCUGCCGGGCGCCGCUGUGCGGGCAGGAGAAACCAUCGGGGCUGCUGAAGGGCGGAGCGUCCUGCUGCCAUGCUGAGAGCGUUGUCUGACGGAGCCAAUGCAGCCCAGUGGGACACGGGGACGGACACCGCUUCUUCCCUUUGGUUUCCCCUUUGGUUUCCCCUUUUUUUCCCUUUUUUUCCCCUCUGUUUUUUUUUUUCCUUCUCCCCUUUAUGGGAGACACCAGCGGGGGAAGCACCACAAUGGCUGCAAUACUCCCAUUACUGCUCCCUCCUGGUGCUCCCAGUCCUCCCAGUCUGUUUGACAAUCCACCUCCCACCACCAGAACUUUCAGCCCAGAGUGCUGGAAAUGGGGGAAAACACCCCAAAAUCCCCCUGCUGCCGGCCCCUGGGAAGCAUAACUGGUGGUUGUUGGGCUUUAUUUCUCAAAUACUUCUACUUUUUCCCCCUUCUCUUUUUUUUCCUUUUUUUUCCCCUUCUCUUUUUUUUUCCCUUGUUUUUCCCCUUCUCUUUUUUUUCCCUUUUUUUUCCCCUUCUCUUUUUUUUUCCCUUUUUUCCCCCCUUCUCUUUUUUUCCCCCUUUUUUUUUUUCCCCUUUUCCUCUUUAUUCAAACCAAAACGCAGAAGAGAACCCUUCGGGUUUAUUUUUCUACGUGCCUACCGCAACAAGUGCCGCCGAACCCUCGGCCAUACCCAAAGCCACCGUGCCGCCUUUGGGGACAGAUCUGCUCUUUUUAGUAAUAAUACAAUGAACCAUAAUCCUAGGAAACCUCCCCAAACGGAGGCCCUAACCCCCACCCGCCCCUUCAUCCUCUCCAUAGUCCCCAUCAUAACCGACUUUUUUUUUUUUUUUUUUUAGUCAUGGUUACUCAAUGUCUUCUGUAUAUGUUGCACUGAAGGUUAAUAUUUAAUGUUUUAAUUUAUUUUGUGUGGUUUAAAUUAAUUUUGAUUUCUAUGAUAUGUUAUUGUGAUCGGCUGUUUUCCUUUUUUUUUUUUUCCCCCCCCUAAUGCCUGGAUUAUAGUUAUUUAAGUGAUAUAAAGGACACUUUUUCAGAA